AUGGCAGAACAAACAACGUUGGACAGCCUGCUGGAAAUGGGUUUUGACAGAAACAGAGCGUAAGUACCUAACUGAGUUAAUGUGGGAAUUUUUCUACACACUAAAUAUCAUGAUAAGAUUAUGUGAUCAACUCUGAUCCUGUCUGUCUAUCUUCUGCUUUCAGGGAAAAGGCUGUGGCACACACAGGAAACCAGGGCAUAGAGCGGGCCAUGGACUGGUAAGUCAACUAGUAGAGGCUUUGGUGAGCUUGCCUCAGAGGCUUCUUCAUCCACAGAUAAAUGUGACGGAUGGUCAGUUAAGUUAUUCACAUUGAAUAACUGAUUCAUCAUGUUUUUCUUCCGUUAUGGCUUCCUUCCACAGGUUGAUGGAACAUGAGGGUGACCCAGACAUUGACGAGCCCUAUGUACCUCCUGUGGGGAACGUGCUUGGAGGAACUGGAGGAAGUGACCCACAACAGCCCAGUCCAGCAGCCCAACCCACAGCAGAAGGAACAGACCCUGGUAAGUGGUCAAUGGUCAUGGCAGCAUAUUGUAUUGUUAUGAUCUCAUUAUAACUAUUGCUUCAGCUUCCCAUUACUGGUUAACAUGGUUGUUGGUUUACAUUGUCUUCUUGUCCCUCGCCUCAUUUAUGUCAACUCUACCUUUUAGCUACAGAUGGUGGUGACCAGAUGAUCCAUGACGGGGAUACCAAACGACCAAUGACAGAGGAGGAUAAACGUGAGCAGAUAAAGAGGUCAGAUAAUUCACCUCCACUGAGGUUCUGUUUACACACUUAUCUUGUUCUGUUUACACACUUAUCUUAUUCUGUCAGUGGGGAAACGUCCUGUCAGGUUUGGUCAAUAGAUGUUACUCAAAGAGAUUUUCAAGUGUCAGCAAAAGCUUUCAGUAGAAAAUACAAUGAGACAGCAUACAAUGCAACCUGUGUCUGUGUUUGUGUCUGUUUCUUUGUGUGUGUGUGUGUGUGUCUGUCUACUUUCUGUGGGUACCAGGCUAGAGGAGCUGAUGCGGGUGAAGCAGGAGGAGCGGAGAGAGAGGGAGCGAGCAGAGGAGGUAGACAGAGAGAAGCAGAGGAGGAGGCAGGGCCAGGAGCUGCUGCAGGUCAAACAGAAACUGCAGGAGGAUGAAAUGAAGAAAAUGGUCGACCUGCGCCGGAGAGAGAAGGACGAUGACAAAAUGGCCAAGUAAGCCAAGAAGUCAAUGGGCUUGUUUGACAUUACAGGCGACUGCCGAUUUUGAACUGAUCUACAGAAUACCUUGCAUAUAAGUAUUAUUAUUUGUAGAUCAGCAAGUCAUUCACAAUUUACCCACAAUGCAUGACGGAUGGAUUUGAUGCUCUUGAACAUGGCCAAUGGCUGUUGUCUCAAAGCAAAUUAGAGGAGAGGAUCCUUGAACAACCUCCUCCAAUGAGCUUUGAGAGGAAUUGAGGAAACAAGAAUAGCUAGGAAUGUUUUCAGACACAGCCAAUAGUUACUUCUUCUAAACGUCUUAGUGCAAAUAGGGUCUAUUCCCACUCCACAACUCUUCUGUUUGUCCAAUGAAUGCCCUCUCUCUUUCUCAGGCAGCGGGUGCGAGACAAGAUAGCACGCGACAGAGAGGAGAGAGCACUUAAGGUAGACUGCACCUACAGCAUCUGACUCCUAUGCUGAACUGUUGCUAAAUAAUGUCUUCAUAUCUUUCAUAGAAAGAGUUGAACUCACUAACCCCUUCUACUCCUCUCUUCUCCCUCUCCUCGCCAGUUUGGAGGCGGUUCUUCCAGUACAGCUCUAACCUCCCCUUCAGCAGAGGGCCCUCCCUCCUCUCCGCCCAGUCAGGGCCCGCCUCCCGCCAAGAAGGACUAUAACGAGUGCAGAAUCCAGGUAAGGGGCCAUGGAUGUCUUCGGCCUAGUUCACAUUCUGUUCAUAUUCACAACUGAUGUACAACGGAUUUUGGCACAACAUAUAUUUUUGAUGAGUUUGUCUCAACAAUCAAUGCAGUUUAUUCAUUUAUCCUCCUGUUCUCAGGUGCGUAUGCUGGACGGCUCGGCGCUGACCUCCGUGUUCAAGGCCCAGGAGCCGCUGGCUGCCGUGCGUGUCUACAUCCAGAUGAAUGGCAAUGCCCCCGAGGGCCAGGACUUCACGCUGCUGUCCCCGUACCCCCGCCGCGUCUACACAGAACUGGACAUGGAGAAACCCCUACAGGAGCUGGGUGAGCAGACAGCCCUCUUACUGGGCGAAUCUCCAUAGUCUCUCCUUCAUCUGAAAGGACCUUGAGAGGUCAAAACCAGCCAAAGACAUACUGUUUUCAUCUAUCCUGUGUUGUCAGAUCAGUGCAGUUAUAGAGGAAUCUAAUCUGAGAUUGAGGUGUGUUAUAGUUUGUGUAGUACUGUUUUAACUGUUUUUUGUUAUUGUUCAGGUUUGGUGCCUUCAGCUGUGCUGGUCGUUGCCAAGAAAUAA